AUGACUGAAUCGAAAAGUUUGCUGCCGGCAAUCACCUGUGCUGAAGAUAUCGCUCUGCUUCAGCUACUACACACUGUUCCUUCACAGCCGUCAAAGAAUUCAGUAGGAGAGCUGAAAUGUGACUCUAGAGGCUAUACUUUGUCGUUUGCGCAGGAGCAGAGUCUUGCUGGCAUACUUGCAUUUAUCUCCAGUGUCGAAGAUGAUACUGACCACAUUACGGCGGUUUGUAUUCGCGAGGAUAGGAAGUCUUCCUCGUUAGAGGUCUUGCUUGCUGUAAACAGGCUUCACUACAACUCUGGGAACGUCUUUUUAGAAAAAGUGGAAAGAGGGUUUAAUAAGCUGUUUUCAAUGCUAAAACAAGUACACCAAGACACUGAUUCACGAAGACUCCAAGACAGCAUUUUCGAUAUAAUCAUUUCUAUGGAUUCGGCACGCAUCUUUCAACGCUUACGACUCACCCGCGGCAAACGCAAUGUACAACGUCAACGUCUUAAGGAAGUCUUACAAUGCGCCGUAAAUUUUAUCGAACAUAGAAGCUAUGAAUCCGAGCAGCUUGUUGCGACGUCUAAAUUGUUAAUAUCGAGAGCUAAAGAGGUGAUACAACUCCUGGAUGCACAUGCAAAGCACCAAGUCCCUGCUCGAUUAGGUGCGCUUGUUGAGGGAAUUUACCGUCUUCGACAGGCAGGAGAUCUAAAGGAGUUGCUUGGUCCCAUGCCCAAUACAAUUAUGGACCCAUCAUUGAAGAAGAGCCUUUUAAACAUUAUUGACAAGGUUGCAAGGUACCGAGAGGUGCCGGCAAUCCUUUGCCACAUGGCAAAGAAGAUCCCAGUAAUGCGAAAUCUGAGACUCACUAUUGCGAAGCUACCGAGGGAGGCGUUUGCACAGGUGUCUACCAAUAAAUAUGUCCCAGAGCUAAGAAGGACGCUUUCUCGUGUCCAUUUGCCCAAGAAAUUCACGCUGGAGGACGCUUGUCGAUUACUAAAACCCAAGGAGGACGUAGCUGAGAACUGUUUCGCCAACCAAACUCUCACGACAUUGAAAAGAGCCAAAAUUCAUGCCGAAGUCCAGCUUGUAUUCUACUGCCAGCAAGGUUCGGGCAACAAUAUGCCGCCGCGAAUCGUUUGUUCUAGCAAGGAUGCUUGUUUUCUUUGCAAUUUGUUCGUGACGUCAGUUGCUAAAAUGCAUACACCCAGGUCUCACGGUAAAUUGUAUCCUCAAUGGCGGUUGCCUAACCUCCCAGCCUCUAACGAGGUGAUGCAAGAUUUCAAUCGAGUUAUGGAGGACUAUAUUCGAAACAGUUUGCGGACACUAUUUGCACGAAGACAAAAGACGCUUUACCCGCACCCUAACGAGAGCACGCUUAUUACUCUCUACUCAUCGUCUUCUAUAGCGCCUAGUUCGGGAACAUCGAGAAGCGCUCGUGGGGAACAAAAGACUGCGAAAUCUUCACCAAAUAUCACUCGUGGAGACAAAAUGCUUGAAGGACUUACUCCGCCACAUUCGUCUACGAAUUCGUUGAAGAAAAUCAUCAAAGACAGCACCGAAAGCGUUCAUGCUCAAUCAUCUCGCACCUUAGCUGUAAAUCCAAAAUGUAAACAAGAGGAUAUGUCACAGAAUUUUCCCGAUCAGGGAUCGGAACCAGCUAUGCCAUCGAAGGUUGCCUCAGUACAGCCAACAGAUAAAUUGGAUCGGCAGAUGAAGCUAGUUCAAGGACAAAUUCUGUCUGAAACUAUCAAUUCAGACAGCACCUCACCUUUUUAUGUCGCAAAACAUCUUGCAGUUCAGAUCGUCGCCCCUGAGCAACCAAACCUGGCCCUAACGAGUGCUGAUAGGGUACGGUACAGCUUCCGUAUUGAAUGGCUCAACAAUCCAGAGGUGCAAUUGUUGCGGGUCCGUCGUGAUGCGUCAAUUGUGGAUUUGGAACUAAUAGAGGGUGAAUUUAUACAUGAACUCGACGAGAGGGGCAAUCUAUUUGUUGCAGCGCGAGGUACUGUCAUCAAGUUAGGCUUGUCUUGA